CCAUCACCAACAAAAAUGUUCGGAACCUUAUCAGAAGAGGCAGAAGUAAAGGUGCCGGCAAGCAAAGCUUGGGCUCUCUUUGGCACUCUUGAGAUCGGAAAAGUUCUAGCCGGAACAACCCUUGAAGCGGUUGAUGUGGUAGAAGGUGACGGUGGACCCGGUACCAUUCUCAAGCUUACAUUCAAGCCUGGGUCAGGUUUCUCUUAUUGCAAAGAGAAGUUCACAACAGUCGAUAACACAAAUAUGGUCAAAGUAUCCGAAGCGGUAGAAGGGGGGUUUCUUGAUAUUGGAUUUAAUUUUUACCGGCUAAGGAUUGAGAUCAAAGAGAACCCAAAGGAUAGCUCUCGCUCAUCGUGUCUUUUGAAAUUUACACUUGAAUACGACGUCAAGGAAGAGUUUGCUGCUAAUGCUUCUCUUGUCACCACUGGGCCUCUCCUUGCCAUUAUGAGUGUUGCAAGCGAGCAUCUUUUGAAAUCUAAUUAAGUAGGACAACGUUUAUUAUCAUUUCUUUUAUAUAGCACUUGUUAUGAAUAAGCUCGUAUUACAUUCCUUUGUCACUGUUUUUAGUGGUGAACUCAACCUAUUGGCUUUGAAUAAGGGAAGAAUACCUUGUUAGGAAGUUACCAUCAAUUUAUCACUAAUGUCCUAGUGGUGCCACAAAAGACAUGUUUGUAUGUAAACUCUACGAGGAUGUAAACUAUGUGGUUAAUAUUGAUACACAACUUGUUCAUUAUAUAAAAUAUCAAAAGACUACCGGUCCACA